AUGCAGGCAACUCUUGGCCACAGCCAGGCCUGCUGCAACAUCUCACCUGUUGUCUCGGAGGGCUAUGUCCCCAAAGGCUUGUAUAAGGAGCUUGGUGGAAAGAAAAGCUAUGUGACCGGCCCAGAAGAAGCUACCAGAGGAAUUGUUGCUGUUUUCGACAUCUUCGGCUACUUCGAUCAGACUCUUCAAGGCGCCGAUAUCCUGGCAGCUAGUGAUCACCACCAGAAAUACAAGGUCUUCAUGCCUGACUGGUUCAACGGUAGCCCAUGCCCUGCUGAAUGGGACACCCCUAACACCGAAGAAAAGCAGAAGGACUUCGGUGAGUGGUUCGGUAAGAAGAUGCCACAAGGUCCUGCGGCUGCUUUCCCUGCUUAUAUUGCCGCCCUUAAGGCUGCGAAUCCAUCUAUUACCUCCUUGCGACUCACCGGGUACUGCUGGGGAGGUAAAGUCGCUGAAAUUGUGACGUCUGGAGAGGACAACCCAUUCAAGACUGCUGCCGCCUGCCACCCGGCCAUGGUCGACCCAUCUGGGGCGGAGAAGAUCCCAGUGCCGUACAUCUUACUGGCGUCGGGGGAAGAUCCAGCUGAAGAUGUCAAGCAAUUUGAAAACAAGUUGAAAGUGCCUCAUCAUGUGGAGACUUUUGGGGAUCAAGUCCAUGGCUCAAUGACUGCCCGUUGCUGA